AUGUCCAGACCGCUUAUGCGUAUUCCCUAUACGCAGCCUCUACCACCGCCUCUAAUCAUCCCGCCCUCCGCAGCCACCAAGCAAGGUGCCAUCACCGCUCUCCACCACUUCCUGACCUCCUCGGGCGCCGCAACCUCGGAGAAUGGCCAAGUUCAAGACAAGACCGUCCUCCUGACGGGAGCCGGGAUCAGCGUAGCCUCGGGACUCGCCGACUACCGCGGCCAGAAUGGCACCUACACGCAGAACAAAAACUAUCGGCCCAUCUACUUCCACGAGUUCGUGGCAAGUCACGAAGCUCGCAAGCGCUACUGGGCUCGCUCGUUCCUCGGCUGGCGCGGUCUGCACCGGUCGUCGCCCAACGCCACGCACUUCGCGAUCCGCGACCUCGGCCGCCUCGGCCUGGUCGACAGCGUCAUCACGCAGAACGUCGACUCCUUCCACCGCCUCGCGCACCCAGCCCUGCACACGGUCGAACUGCAUGGGUACUUGCGCAGUCUGGUCUGCUUGAGCUGCAGGACCUUGACGGACAGAGACGCGUUCCAAGCCCGCCUGGCCGAGCUGAACCCCGCGUGGGCGGCGUUCUUGCAGGAGUUGCUCGCUUCGGGAGCCCUGGACACCGAGGACCCCGUCGAGCGCCGCAAAAGGGGGUUUCGGACGAACCCCGACGGCGACGCGGAUGUGCCUGGCGCCCCGUACACCACGUUCAGAUACCCGGCCUGUCCGAGCUGUCUGAAGCGGCCGCCGAUCCUGAGCGACGGGUCCAAGGGCCACGUGGACGUCGACAGGGACGGGGCGUGGGUCCCGUCUCCGAGGCCCACGGGCACGAAUGGAGUGGGUGUACUGAAACCCAACGUCAUCAUGUUCGGCGAAAGCAUCCCUGCGGCCGUCAAGACAGAGGCGGAGGCCGCGAUCGACGCUGCCGGUAAGAUCCUCGUCGUCGGAAGUUCGCUCGCGACCUAUUCGGCUUGGAGACUCGUCAAGCAUGCCCAUGAACGGGGGAUGGGUAUUGGGAUCUUGAACAUGGGUGGCGUAAGGAAAGAGGAGCUGUUCUUCGGUGAAGACCGUCAUCAUGGUGGUGAUGGUGUUCAGAACAGCUUAUCGACUUCGAGAAGAGAACUUGUGAGAGCUAGUCUACCCGCUGAGGAUAUUCUACCUGCCGUUGUUGAACUUGUUCAGGAGCACCGGCGUCGUCAGCACCACCACCACCACCACCACCACCACCACCACCACCACUAA